UCUGUGGCGGCAGGGAAGGUGGUGGUGCGAGAUCUGAAGUGCGGAAGGCGGGGCUGUUGCUGUCGCAGGCUGCGGGGAUGCGUGGAUGGGCGCAUGAUGUUUCAUUGAGAGAGACGAGGGAGCGCCUGAUUGGCCAGUCAAUGGAGGCUCUGUCGAAUGCAGAAAUCUUGGCCUCACUGGAAGAGGAGGAUGCAAGGAGAGCGAUAGCUCAGGAAGCCAAGACUGAUCCAAAUGCCUACCAAGUGUGUGAUCAGGAGGAGGAUCAGCAGGAGCUCCUCUUGAUGCAGAAUAUGGCGGAUGAUGACGAUGAGUAUGUCAAGUGUGAAGCAGCAGCGCCUAAAGAGGCAUAUGAUCCAGCCUUUAUUCUUGAGAAUGACACGAUGACGCCGAGGAUCCUAGCGGACGCCGCUAAGGGGGAAAUCGGCCUGGCUGAUGAGGUGGCUGUGGCGACUAAAAGUGGACAGCAGAAGAAGAGAGUUAAUCUGUCGACUGAAGAAUUUUUGGCGUUACUGGAGGAGGAGCAAGCAGGAAGAAAGAUAGCCCAGGAAGCCAGCACUGGUCCAAAUGCCUACCAAUCCUGUGCUCAAUCGGAUGAUGAUUGGUCUGAUAAGGAGGAGCAGCAAGAGGUGAUGGAGCUCCUGAAGCAGAAUAUGGCGGAUGACUAUGAUGAGCGUGCCAAGUUUGAAGCAGCAGCGACUGAAGAGGCGGCUACUGAGGAUGAGAUAAGGAUGAUGAGGAUCUCUGAGGAAGCGACUGAGGUAGCUGCUGAGGAGGAGAUGAUGAUGAUGGGAUUGGGGGAUCUGGCCGAGGAGGACGCUGAGGAGCUGACCAAAAGUGGAGAGCAGAAUAAGAGGAGGAGGAGACGCAAUCGGUCCGCUCAUGACAUGAUGGUGGAAGCGAGAGACAAGCAAGGGAAACGUCCUCAGGAAGCCUUAACCGAUCCAUACGCCUACGAGGCCCGUGGUCACCGCAUAGAUUGGGACUGGAUCUUCGCCAGACACUACGGCCCCUUUGACCAGAUUACGUCCAUCCCACCCUCGUGUUUCACCCACCAUCGCUUCCCUAACCCCUAUGCCGAGCCACAGGAAACUCUUCAGAUCUUCUCGAUCAAAGUUGGAAAAAUAAAGGAGCCCCUAAAGUGGCCAUUGCAUGUUUUUGGUUCAGUAGCUGUACGGGAUGUGAUGGAUCACAAUCGCAUAAUGGUCUUCCAUCGGGAAAGGGAGAACUGCCAAACCCUCAUUAAGAAGGAUCGUUUUCUUACGCUGACAGGUCCUACCCGAGGAGUUGUGGUGGAUGUACAUCCUACCUAUAUUGAGGUUGAUCUGAAAGUAAAGGGCGCCACUGAAUUGGAGGAUAUGGAUUUAAGCUAUUUAGUAGUCAGGUCUAUGCCAUGCAGCCCGUCUUAUCGUGCUGUGCCUAGCAAGCUUAGCACAUUGGAGUUGACAUAUAUUCGGUUGCACAACUGUGUGGAAGCCGCAAUCAGUGUCAAAGUCAAAAAGCAUGGGUUAUGGCCUGGCUGCAGGGGAUUAUUCACUGCCAGCACAGCUAGUUACGAAGACAUGGAGAUUUUGUUGCUUGCUUUUGAAGGUGAUAGGUUGCCGGUUGAUGCUAGUAGAAGGAUUGAACUUUCACGACGUGUGGUCUGUGUCGAGCUUCAUCAGCCUGAAGGUAAGCUAGUAUUUUCGGCGAAGGCACUGCAUGGUAGUGAUGAGAAAAAUGUGAGGAGAGUUCGCAAGACUUUUACUCCCAAGAGAGCUGGUAAAAGCAAGGAGAAUAUUAAGAUUGGUUCCUGUGAGAUGGAGGUAACUGUCACAUGGUCCCUACUUCCCAGUUGCAAGUAUGACUAUGAUAAAUCUUUGGAAAGAGCUUAAGGUUGCCUUCCGUGAGGUGAUGGUAACUGAUAAAACCUUUAGACGUGAAGUAUGACUUAGAUUCAGGCGUGACUGGCUUUGGUAUUGUGUUAUGUUAGUCCAGUGGUACUGCAGUGGACGGUUGUCAAGUGCAAACCCCUGUAAACUUGUCUAAAGUGAUCCUGUUUUGUACUGAUGGCACUAUUAUGAGUAUGUUUAGUGCUCCCUCCGUUCACUUUUGUAAGUCCUUUCAGACAGCUCAAAAUAGGUUGUUUUGCACAUUGUCUGAGAUGUCUUCAAGGUCUUAUAAAAGUGAACAG